AAGACGUUGGAGAAACGCCUCCGCAGUCGGUUUCUUGUAUUGUCACCCAGACGUGUGACUGACGUGACACCUUUAACCGGUGGCAGUGAUUUGUCGUCUCCUCAGUCCAACGGAGCAUCGACCCGUGCACUUCAGAGCGAUAUGAUCCAUGCAAAACAGAUGGACAUGGAACCGAAAGAGAGUCCAGGGGAGAAAAGCAAAGAUCCAGCGGAAGAGAUCACAGAGGAGCAGUUCCUGAAGGAUCUCUACCUCUUCAUGAAGAAGAGAGACACGCCAAUCGAGAGGAUCCCACAUCUGGGCUUCAAACAAAUUGAUUUAUUCCUGAUGUUCAACACCGUCAAAGACUUGGGCGGCUACCAUCAGGUGACGGCUCAGCAGCUGUGGAAGCAGGUGUACAACACUCUGGGAGGAAACCCUCGAAGCACGAGCGCCGCCACCUGCACCCGCAGACACUACGAGAAGCUGCUGCUGCCGUACGAGUGCCACGUGAAGGGCAUCAUGAUGAGCCCCCUGCCUCAGCACCAGCCCAAGCACUUCGGCUACGGCUACGACCGGCACGACGACGCCGACGACCGCCCCCCGGCCGCCAAGCGCAAGCUGAUACCGGUGUCUCUGCCCCAGAGCCUUUAUCACCCAAAGGCGGGUCUACAUGGAAAGAUCUUCCCAAUGCCGGUCCCCUAUCCUCACUACUAUCCCCCGAGCCCAGCCAUCCUGCCCCCGUAUGUCCCCAUGACCCCCCGGGUGAUGCCUCGCAGCCCCCCGGCCCCCAAGCCCGAGUCGCCCUUCGCUUCGUCCAACCCUAAGCUCUCAUCGGACUCGGGGGAGGAUUCGCUGAAGCACCUGCGUGAGCUGGCAGACAAGUACAAGAAAUUCGUGGGACUGGAAGAACCCGCGGAACCCCUGGACCUGAGCCCCAAGGCGUCGAGCCAGGAGAGCAACAACAACCCCGUGUCGUCGUUCUCCCCGCCGUUGCCCAAGUUUUUUAACAAGCCCCCCCCUAUGUACCCGUCGCACCCCCUGCAGGCGGAGAGGAGUUCACACGGGACCCCAGACAGCGGCGCGGUCUCACCGUAUUCACAUCCCGAGGAAGUGAAGGACGCGUACAUGGUUGACGUCACACCGGCCUCCAACAGUCCCACAUACAGCCACACGCCAACGCUGAGGACGGAAGACCCCCCCGCUGCAAGGGCUCAAAAGCCCAGCUCCCCUAAAACAGACUUCCAGUCGGCCUGGUCCAAAGAAGAGACGGAGGAGGGCGCCGACGUGAAGAGGGUGGACCUCAGCCACAUCCUGCCCAGUCUCCCUCCACACAACGGGGGCAAGAUGGAGAUCGAGAUCCCGCUGUCGGUGUUACACAAGUGGCUCCGCAUGUACCAGAUGGAGCCGUCGGCCGCCGCGCGGGGGCCCCUGCAGCUGUCUGUGCAGCCCAGCAAGGACGAGCAGGCGGCGCGGCGGCGUUUUCCGCAACCCUCUCCCGGCGCGCCGUCGGCACCGAGUCCCCGCGACCGGAGCCCGGACGCCGAGGAUCUGAGGCUGAGGCGAAGGAAGGUCCCGACACCCCCCCAGACCACCCACCGCCCCGACUCGGAUGAUUUUGCCGGCUGCAGAUCCUCGCCGUCAGGUGGCACGGUCAGAAGCGCCUUCGGUCGCGGCGUCUACUCAGCCGAGCAGCCGGGUGUUAUGAAGCCGUACACCAAACCUCCGAGUUACUGGGGAGCGUUCGAGGCAGCGGCCCUGAAGACUAACUCUGGGCCCGGCCCUUUCCCCCAGGACUAUAGGGCCUACAGGGACGGCAGGUCGGGCAGGGAGCGGUCCGAGGUGGGACCCUCCACCCUCCUCAUGGUGGACUCCAUACCGGGCUCCGUGUUGCAGCUUACUAGCGAGGAGAUAAUGAAGCUAAAGAAAAUGAUCUCGAGCUCCGCGUGAGGGUCGGCUCCGAUCGGCUCCGAUCGCAGCGCUCCAACACCACAGUAAAGCUCACCCACAUCCUGUGGAUGCUGUAGCAAUUUCUCAAUGACUUGUACACAGUUGAUUCUCAUUUUUUGUACAUAAGCAUUUUCUUAUAUUGUUUGAACCUAAUGAAAAAGAAAAUAUAAUUUACUCGAAUAAAAGUCAAAUGUAAUUUCG